ACCCUUCUCUAUCCAUUUCACUCUAUCUCCCUCUGCUUAAGGACAGUUCAAGGCUUGUAUCUAGCCUUCUAGCAAUGGCAAUAAUGCCGCCGACCUCCAUCUUCUUCUCCGUGAUCGUCUUCAUGCUCCUUUCCAAUGCCAUUACUACUCAAGCCGGUGGCUCUGGUGGUGGCAAACCUAAGGCAACAAGCCUCGUAGUGGAAGCGUGCAAGAACGCUUCGGGCGAGACCCAAGACCCCGAUGUCACAAAGGAAUUCUGUUUGUCGACCCUCCAGUCGGACAAGCGGAGCGCCGAGGCUAAAGACCUCCCUGGCUUGGUGCUCGUCUCCAUCGACAUCCUUAAGGGCCGUGUCACUGAUGCUAGUGUCAAGGUCAAGAAAAUGCUACGAAACGCCAAAAAAGGCACAAUGGCGAUGCACGCUCUCAGUAUUUGUGAGCUGCAAUAUGAGAACGUGGUGAGCACGCUCAACAUCUGCCAAGCCAUGAUUAAGGAUCACCAAGGUGACAAGGGCAUCCUGCAGUCCUUGCGUCUGCCCCACUGUGUGGAUAUCGCCUGCGACACUUCCAACGAGUGCCAAACUGAUCUUGAAGAUGUGCCAGGGACGGAGGCGCUGCAAAUUGAUAACGAGAGGCUGCGCAUUCUGUUCAACCUCAACGCCGCCUUGGUUGUACCAUAUGAUGUCCGUGAUUAGAAUAGUAUAAUGAUUGUUUUUUAUCUGCGAGAAAGGAUAAUAAAUUUGAAAUAAUAAUCAUAACGUUUGCUGUGGCAUAAA